AUGGUCGAUAGUGUUGUCCCCCAGGGUUCAGUACUGGGACCCAUUUUGUUCCUUAUCUACGUGGACGAUGCUGCAAGAUAUUUAGACUGUGAAGUAGCAAUGUUUGAGGAUGACAUGAAGAUAUGGAAUGUAAUUCGGGAUCCUGCCGACGAAGAAGGACUGCAGAUGAACCUGAAUCGGUUGGAGGAGUGGUCAAACCGUUGGCUCCUGCGGUUCAACGUUGCCAAAUGUGGCAUUAUUCGCCUAGGCAACACAGACAGAUCCGCCAACACAAGAGGCUACUUUCUGGGCGGUGCAGCCCUACAAGAGGUCGUUGCCCAAAAGGACCUCGGUGUGCUUACGACGAGUUCCCCAAAACCAUCCGCCCACUGUUCGAGGGUGGCAAAAAGCGCAAUGUCCGUACUGUAAGCCAUCAAGCGUGCGUUUAUGGACUUUGACGAAGAAGCUUUCUCCAAGACAUUCGGAACAUUCGUCCGGCCGCAUUUAGAGUACGGCAUACAAGCUUGGAGGCCGUGGGCCGUUGAGGAUCAAAACUGCCUCGAAAGAGUCCAGAGGAGAGCCACAAAGAUGGUUAGGGGUAAAAGUUCCUUUCCUUAUGCGACCCGCCUAGUAAAUCUGAACCUCUUUCCUUUGAGUUACAGGCAACUUCGCGGGGAUCUCUUGCAAGCCUUCCGCAUUAUAAAGGGGUUGGAUUGCAGUCUGGCCUUCGAGGACGUUUUUGAAUUUGCUACCACGACCAACCUCCGAGGUCACCCGUUAAAACUGCGCACUCAGCAGGCACGGCUGGAUGUGCGGAAGUUCUCCUUCUCGGUUCGGGUGGUCAAACCUAGGAAUGAGCUUCCCGCGGAUGUUGCGAUGUCACCAUCUUUAUAAAGUUUAAAGAAGAUUCUGGACAUAUAUAUGUUCCGAAAUGACCAAGAGCGAUGAGAAGUCGAGCUCACCCCCUGUAACUCCGUCUCAUUUUGUCCCACCAUUAUGGGCGUGUUGGAACUAUUUCAGCCCAGAACAUCUAUUUGUACACCACACAUUUUUUACGUUGCAAAUAGGGUACUCAAAGGCUUACGCCUAUUUCCCUCAAUAAACUGAACUGAACUGGGAUCUGCUAUCCGUCGGCACUCAAAAGAGGUUCUAGCAACCCGUAUUUGUUUGCGGCAUUCAUUGCACUGCUCCUUAUAUUCGGCUAAUGGUAUCGGAUCUUGACGAUGCAACUACCAUUUCUACAGCCUCUGUUUCUUCUUCAUCAUCUUCUUUGACAUCAGAUUGGCCCACGGUGGUCGUGCACAUGGUCUUUUUAAUUUAAUGGACAAUGGGAUUCAGUUAGACCCUCUGUAAUCCCGCGAAAUUACCGCCAGAAUUAUUCCGAAUCUUCCAUGUCGACUGACCAGGUUUCCUUCAAAAGCGCACGUCUUAAUGCGUUAAACUCAGCCUUCCGAAUAUUUCUACGCCUCUUGAUUUUUGGUUGUUAGUUUACUAGGAGAGAGCACACGCAGGUAAAUGCAAUCUGGUCACCUAAACCGAGUGGAGGUUGUGGAUUCAAGACUUGACUGCGGAAAUUAUCGUCCCGUCAGUCUUACUUGCACCGCUUGUAAAAUAAUGGAACGCAUCAUCAAAAGACACUUGAUGAAAUACCUGGAACAGAACAAAAUAUUGUGUGAUGCCCAACACGGCUUUCGUACAGGGCGCCCCUGCAUAACGAGUGCUCUUCAUUCGCACGAGAAAUGGACACGAGCUACCGAUAAGGGUUUUCCAGUGGAUGUCAUAUUUUUAGGAAUCAAGAAGGCCUUUGACAGUGUCCCACACAGGCUUCUUCUACAGAAGAUCUGGGAUUAAGUCAGUUUAAGUCAGUUUAUUAAGGGAAUGAGGCUUUCGCCCUUGAGCUCCCUAUUCAUAUCGAUAAACAGAAAUAAAGUCAUCAAUUACAUCAGCAAAAGCGAAGUUUAAAAGUUAGCGGUGAGUGUGAGCCACGCGCAAACUGCCGCCGCUAAAACAAGCGUUAUUGUAUGUACAGUAGUUUCUCAACAAAUGAGCAUCUAGUCUACAUUUGAAGGAAUCGAUACUUUCGGAAAGAACCACUACAUCAGGGAGUCCGUUCCAUGCCCCAAUGACCCUGUGAGAGAAGGCGUUCCGUCGGACGUCCGAAUGGGCCAGCUUCCUCUGCAGCUUGAAGGGAUGACCACGCAGACGGUCAGUCCCAGCCAAUUCAAAAAACUCAUUAAAGUCUAGGGCACACUCACGACCUCUGACAAUCCUGUAGGUUUGAAUGAGAUCGCCGCGCAGUUGCCUGUAAUUUAGAGGAAACAGAUUUAGUUCAGUCAGCCUGGUUUCAUAAGGCAAGGGAUGAAGAUUCUUGACCAUCUUCGUAGCCAUCGCCUGUACUCUUUCCAGUCGUUGAUAAUCUUUUUUCAACCACGGUCGCCAGGCCUGAACUGCAUACUCUAAGUGAGACCGGACGAAUGCCCCAUAGGUUUUUCCGAACAGCUCCUUGUCGAUCUGCACAAAUCCUCGCCUCAGCGCAAAUAACACCCUUAUCGCACUUUUGGCUGCCCUUUGACACUGUGAAGAUGGUUUCAGCGAGGAGGUCAUUAGGACUCCCAGGUCUUUCUGUUCCACAACAUUUUAAAGGGGCUGACCACCAAGGACGUAUUGAAAGUAAUCGUCCUCCUUACUGGUUUUUUUGGAACGGAGUCUCAGGAUCACACAUUUGUCCACAUUAAAAUUAAAGAGCCAACGAGCUGACCAACUCUUCAGACGGUUGAGGCUGUCUUGAAGCGCGUACCUGUAUGCGUCAGAUCUGAUGGGUCUCCACAGCUUAACAUCCUCAGCAAACAUGAUGGCGCUGCAUCCCAGGUCGUCGACGCAGUCGUUAAUGUAAAUGGGGAAUAGCAACGGCCCUAAGACGGAGCCCUGGGGUACACCACUUAGAAGGGGGGUAGGAGUUGACCUUGAGGCCUCAAUGCACACGGCUUGCGAUCUCCCGGUAAGAAAAUCUGUUAUCCAUGUCAGCAGCCUUCCUCUUAUCCCAAUUUCAGAAAGUUUGCAGAUUAUGCGUGUAUGUGGGACGCUGUCGAUAUAGGAAUUCAAGGAAGAAGGUUCAAAUGGAUUAGAAGUUUUCUGUCCUCCAGAGUACAACGAAUCGUCGUUGGCAACUCUACGUCGGGGUGGGCAAAGUUUGAAAGUGGUGUCCGACAGGGUUCUGCCUUAGGUCCAGUACUCUUCCUGAUUUAUGUUAAUGGCUGCAUCAGCGAAGUGAAUUGCGAGGCCCUCAUGUUCGCGGAUAACAUAAAAAUAUGGAGUGAAGUCAAGUGUGCUGAUGACGCAGAGAAGUUGCAGUCGAACAUCGACAAACUGUGUGCUUCGUCGAACAGAUGGGUUUUGAAGUUCAACGUGUCCAAAUGCGUAGUCUUACACCUGAACACCGGCCGCAAUGUCUCUCCCAAACACCAGUACUAUAUUGACGGGACAAGGCUAGAAACGGUGGAAAGACACAGAGCUCUGGGUGUAUGGACGACCACAUCUAGUGUACGGAAUGCCAAUAGCUUCACCAUGGAUGAGGAAGGAUAUCGACUUACUCGAACAGGUGCACCGCAGAGCGACAAAGAUGGCCGACAAUCUAAAGCAUUUGUCUUAUAAGGAGAGGCUGAAUUUGCUUGGCCUAUUCCCUCUCUCUUAUAGACAAAUAAACUGCACUCUACAUUAGACGUUCCGGAUUGUCCGCGGCCAGGGUUGCUCAUUAAGAGCAGAGGACUUCUCUGAGUUCGCCCACACAAACCAUCUACGCGGCCAUACCUACAAUGAAUGAGCGCACGCGCUUAGAUCGUCGAAAAUUUUCAUUCAACCAGCGGGUCGUCCGAUCGUGGAACUCGCUUCCAAGCGAGAUGGUGACGGCUGAUACAGUUUGUGUGUUUAAAAGAAAACUUGCUCGUCUAGUUUUCGACAGAAAUCGGUUUGUACAGCAUGACUAUGCACAGCCAUUUUUGUAAAAAACCCUCCGCAAUUAUUUACGGUGACCUUAUGCACUACCUUAUGAUUACGAUUGAACUGUGACUCGAUCACAUUGUUAAUGUCUGCAAUUUUAUUUUCGAGUACGAAUCUGCGAAAGCACUGUACAUAAACUGGAUCAUCAAUUGCUCCGCCUCUAACCCUCCAAAUAUACAUAUACGUAUACAAUUCACUUCCCGUAUGACUCCUUUUUCUUUGCCGAAUACGAGAUCUAAACAGUUAGCUCGCUGUCCUUCUCUCAGUCUUGUUCCAAAUUUUAUGUGUUGAAUGACGCAUUCAUUUAGGGAGAUUUAUAGCAGAUUUUGUUCAAAUCCCUGCCAGCACAUGGCCUCUUCAUAGGCGGGGCUGGGUGUGGACAGAGCCCCCUCUGGAUUGAAACAUUUGAAGCGUAUUUGCACCGAAAGUUAUGUUUCAAAAGCAUCACUCACUGUACCUUCUUUGUCAUUAAAAGGAGCUAAUUUCUCAAAAGUGGCUUAUAAGUCAUGGAAAAUGUUUUGCAGAACCGGAUGAUUGCAUCUGGACCAUUUUCUCCGUGGGCAGCCCAGAACUGGACGAUGUAGCCCACCUCCCUCAGAAACUAACAGCCUUUCCCUUCAAACUUUUUGUUUUAAAUGCCAGAUCCCUGCUAAAUAAGAUGCCUUUGCUUCAGACUCUGGUGUUCGUCCAUUGUCCAGAUAUUGUUUUAGGAACUGAGACGUGGGCAUCAGCCUCAGUGGCUGACUCCGAACUCUCUCUUCUAGGCUAUAAUUGCAUCCGAAAGUAUCGCCGGGAUAGCCGUGGUGGGGGCAGCUGCGUCUACGUAAAGCAAACACUUACAUUUUUGCCGUUGGAGUUCCCGCAUUUCUCCGCAGUAGAAGGCAGCUGCUGGCUCCAGGUUGCUCUAAAAAAUAAGUACUCUUUACUCGCUGGCUGCGUCUAUCGUCCUCCCAACGCCAACGAAAAUUUUGAUCGCUUACUCUCACAGGCAUUUCAUGCUGCAGCCGACUCAAGCUUUAAGUAUCAAUUGGUUGCGGGUGACUUUAAUCUCCCCGAAGUCCGCUGGUCUCCGCCCUCGGGCCCCAGAAGGUUCGAAGACUUUCUUGAGGCUGUGGAUGUUGGGAUGUAG